UGUGUGGUUCCUUCAACAAACGCAAUGCAAAUAAGACCUAUGUAAAUGCAUUCAGUAUUUAAGAAGUGAUCCUGAUGAGCUGUCACUCAUCCUCCAGUUAGUGAAGCAAUGGCACUUCUCAUUUCUCUCUUCCUCACCUGCCUUUUUUUCUCUAAAGCACAGACACUGAUGUGUUAUGCAUGUGAUGGAGGACAACCAUGUCAAUAUAACAUUGCAUGUUCAUCUUGUGGCUCUGUUACCACAACCGCAUACUUGAAUGGCAAAAUUGUGAGCAGUUUCAGUAAGCUGAAUUGUGUGACUCCUUCGUGUGUUUCUGGAAGCAUAAACGCUGGACAAAGCAAAGUGACCAUUAAUUCCCAGUGCUGUAAUAAUACAAAUUACUGCAGCACUCAGCCUCUGCCAGACUUGCCAAAAACGAGUCCUAACGGAUAUCAAUGCUUCACCUGCGAUAUGACAGACUGCUCAAAAACACUGGCCUGUGAGGGCGACGAGACUCAGUGCUUUACUACAACAGUUUAUGCUAAUAGUGGGAAGGUGCCGAUGAAGGGAUGUUCAAGCAAGCAGCUCUGUGGCAUCAACGGGACACAGACUCUUGGUUUACCUGCUCCUCUGGGUGCUGCUGUUACCAAAUGUUGUCAGGGAAACUUGUGUAACCAAGCUCAAAGUCUGAGAGCUUAUUUCCCCAUUCUGAUAGCACUUCUCUCUCUGUUUUUGUUCUGAUGUGUUCUGCCUUCCACUAAUUUUGAAGCACAUCUAACCAAAUAAUAAUAAUAAUAAUAAUGAAAAUGUCAUUUGUUCUCAGAGUAAACUGAAAAGGAAAAUUAAUUUUCACUGAAAAUAAUAAAUAUAAAAAAACUUAAUUUUUUUUUCUUGACUUGUG